CUUUUCGCACUUGCUCUGCCCGCUCAAACAGUUGCAGGAUGUCGAUGACAGACUUGCUCAGCGCUGAGGACAUCAAGAAGGCGAUAGGAGCCUUUGCUGCUGCAGACUCCUUCGACCACAAAAAGUUCUUCCAGAUGGUGGGCCUGAAGAAAAAGAGCCCGGAUGAUGUGAAGAAGGUGUUUCAUAUUCUGGACAAAGACAAAAGUGGCUUCAUUGAGGAGGAUGAGCUGGGGUCCAUUCUGAAGGGCUUCUCCUCGGAUGCCAGAGACUUGUCUGCUAAAGAAACAAAGACACUGCUGGCCGCUGGAGACAAGGAUGGGGACGGCAAGAUCGGGGUUGAAGAAUUCUCCACUCUGGUGGCUGAAAGUUAAAUGGCACUGACUGCUUGGGUCCCCCACCUCUCCACCCCCAACGCCCCAUCUCAGCCCUUCUGGAGGCCCUCCUGAGUUUCUGUUCAGUUUGUUUAUGCUAUUUUUUACUCCCCCAUCCUCUAUGGCCCUCAGAUGACACCACUCUUCUGGAAAAUGCUGGAGAAACAAUAAAGGCUGUACC